AUGGGCCAGUUGGCCCGGCGGAGCCAGCAGACCGUGCAGCGGUGUGGAACCGGCAUUUGUAUGGAGGCGGCCCGGACCGAGGCCGGACAGACCCCAUACCGGCCGCUCCAGGCGUACAUGGAUGAAACCAGUGUCCAGAAGCAUGUGCAGGCGUGGCAGCAAGUGUUGGGCUUCAUUGCACGCACACAGGCCACCCAGGCCGGACAGGGCAUGCAGGAGUGGUGUGGCCCACUGCCCGUGUAUGGGAUGACCGCGCGGCAGCAGCGGAAGUGGCAGACGUUGUGGCAGCUUGCCAUGCCCACCAUGGUGAGGCCCCAACAGGCGCCCCAUCGAGCCCGGGCUCGGGCGGUCCAUAUGUUCCCCGGGGCCGGUCGGAUCCUAGAGCAGGGUGGGAACCCCGGCAGUUAUCGGGCCACAGAGGGGCGUGGGGUGAGCCCCGGAGAUCAGCCCACAGCCGGGCAUGGGGUGAGCCCCGAGCAUGUGGAAGAAGCAGAGGAGACUGGCAAUGCAGGCAGCACCGAGCCGGCAUGGAUGAUGAGCCCAAUGGAGCGUGCCUGCUUGGAGUUUUGCAUUGAGCUGCUCAACCAGCGCCACCGUGCCCAUGAAUAUGAAAGCCCCCUUCUUGCGCGGUUCAUGGUGGUGCAGAAGGCACUGUGGUUGGAUCCCCAUGUGGGGGACAUUAUUCAGAUGUGGCAGGCACAGGCUAGCACGGCGAAUGGCACAGUGAAUGGCACAGUGAAUGGCACAGUGAAUGGCACAGUGAAUGGCACAGUGAAUGGCACAGUGAAUGGCACAGUGAAUGGCACAGUGAAUGGCACAGUGAAUGGCACAGUGAAUGGCACAGUGAAUGGCACAGUGAAUGGCACAGUGAAUGGCACAGUGAAUGGCAUGGUGAAUGGCACUCCAAAUGGCACUCCGAAUGGCACUCCGAAUGGCACUCCGAAUGGCACUCCAAAUGGCACACCGGCUAGCCCAAUAGCAUGGCCGUUGGCCAGUGCAGAUGCCCAACUGGCCGAUAUCGAUGAGGGCUGUGAUAGUGCCAGUCCCACACGCCACACCCCCACCACGGUGCACGAUCGCCCGUCAUUUCAUGACCAUGUGCAGCAGAUGGUCAGCCGCUUCAUGAUCCGUGGCACCCAUGGGCCCAUGCAGACAUUGCUCGACUGGCGCACAUAUGGGUUGAAGAUCCAUUACAAUAGCACGGCGCCGGGCCAUGUGGCGUGGAUGGGAGCCGAUGAGCUGUUGUACAAGGAUCUGCAUUUCACGAUGGGUGAAUUCCGUGGGUUCAUCCACGGGUUGGUUGGGGCCACACGGGAGCUGCUGUGUGAACUAUUAUGUAUUGCCGAUGGUUCCAGCAGCGCCCACACCCCAAGCACCAUGCCGCUGCCCGCCAUCCCGUGGCAGGGCUUGUAUGAUGAUCCCACCCAGGGGCACCCGGGCUGGAACUUUUUGCAUGAUCGCCGGACCCGGUGGCCCGUGGAUGGCCGGUGGUGGAUGAUCCAGCGGCUGCGCACAGAGCGCCCCGUGCAGCAGCAAUUCAUGCGCCGGGGGGCGAUCCACGGCCCAUUGGUGGCACAGUAUCUGGCCCGGGUGGCCCGGUUCAAGGAGAAACUGGCCGUGGCCAUCCAUAUAACGGCAGGGCAGCCGGCACGGGCCCCCGAGCUGCUCAGUGUGCAGUAUGUCAACACGCCGAACAACCAAUUCCGCAAUGUGUUCAUUGAGGAUGGGAUGGUGACACUGGUGACUCCAUACCACAAGGGCUUCCAUGCGAGCAACGACAGCAAGCUGAUCCACCGGUAUGUGCCACGGGCGGUCGGGGAGUUGGUGGUGUGGUAUAUGUGGCUGGCGAUGCCAUUCAUUGACCAGUUGACAGCGUGGCAGGCCGGCACUGCGCAUGGCACGGUGAAUGGCACGGUGAAUGGUACAGUGAAUGGCAUGUCGAAUGGCACAUCGAACGGCACAUCAAACGGCACAGCGAAUGGCAUAUCAAACGGCACACUGAAUGGCACAUCGAACAGCACAUUGAACGGCACAUCGAACGGCACAUCGAAUGGCACAUCAAACGGCACACUGAAUGGCACAUCGAACAGCACAUUGAACGGCACAUGGAAUGGCACACCGAAUGGUACGGUGAAUGGCAUGUCGAAUGGUAGACUGAACGGCACAUCAAACAGCACAUCGAACGGCACACCGAUUGGCACACCGAUUGGCACACAGGCCGGCACAUCAAAUGCCAUGUCGAAUGGCACAACGAUUGGCACAUCGAACGGCACAUCGAAUGGCACAUUGAACGGCACAGCGAACGGCACAUCAAACAGCACACUGAAUGGCACAUUGAACAGCACAUUGAACGGCACAUGGAAUGGCACACCGAAUGGUACGGUGAAUGGCACAUUGAAUGGCACACUGAAUGGCACGGCGAAUGGCACACGAGCCGGCACGGUCGAUGGCACAUCAAACAGCACAUUGAACGGCACAUGGAAUGGCACACGAGCCGGCACGGUCAAUGGCACACUGAAUGGCACGGCGAACGGCACACUGAAUGGCUCAUUGAUUGGCACGUCGAACGGCACACCGGCAUGGCAGCCCCCCAGCCCAUAUUUAUGGGGCCCCGACCCGGGCAUGCAGCGGCCAUGGACCCCUGAGCGAUUCCGGGAGGUGUUGAAGCGGGAGACCCAGGCCCGGCUCGGCCAGGCAUUGAAUAUUCCGGCGUACCGGGACAUUGCCAUUGGCAUCAGCCGGCGGUUCCUGCGGGCAUCCAGCACAUUCACCAGUGACCGCCAGGAUGAAAUGGAGCAGGCAGCGGCAUUGGAUGCUGACUGUGAGGAUGGCAUGGAUGCGGACCAGUGGAUGGCGCAUAUGACGGAUUUACAGGCGGGCCAUUCAUCACACGUGGCGGGGAUGGUAUAUGGGCGGCAGCUGAUGGAGCAGGCAGGCACAACAAGCCACCGGCGGGCGAUGUUCCGGCAGUCCAGUGUGGAUUGGCACCAGUUUCUGGGGUUCGGCUGCGGCACGGGGGUUCCAGGAGAUGUCCAUGCCGACAUUGAUGCCGGUGGGCUUCGGGCUGGCUUGGUGGAUGAAGGCAGCUGUCCAAGCCGCCGUCCCGGUCAGGAACAGGUUAGGGCUUGCUUGGUGGAUGAUCCCGGUCAGGAACGGGUUAGGGCUCGCUUGGUGAAUGAUCCAAGUCAGCAAGGGGUUAGGGCUCGCUUGGUGAAUGAUCCCGGUCAGGAACGGGUUAGGGCGCGCUUGGUGAAUGAUCCAAGUCAGCAAGGGGUUAGGGCUCGCUUGGUGGAUGAUCCCGGUCAGGAACGGGUUAGGGCUCGCUUGGUGAGUGAUCCCAGUCAGGAAGGGGUUAGGGCUCGCUUGGUGGAUGAAGGCAACCGUCCAAUUCACCAUCCCGGUCAGGAACGGGUUAGGGCUUGCUUGGUGAAUGAUCCCGGUCAGGAACGCGUUAGGGCUCGCCCCGUGCUCGGGAAACGCAAGCGGGCCCCAUGGCAGGUGGAGGCUGAGGAGCACCACAUGGAGCGGCGCCACCAGCUGCAGACCAUGGACAUGGCCGCUGCGCUGCAGCAGAUGACCGGUCAGGCCGGCAUGCAGUUCCAGGGCAUCCAGGCACCCGCCAUGGCGGCGAUCCAGCAGGGCAAGAGCCCCGUGGUGGCAGUCAUGCCCACCGGCGGUGGGAAAAGCAUGUUAUUCAUGUUGCCCGCGUGGGCCGUCCCCGGGGGCACCACCAUUGUGGUGGUGCCAUUGAUCUCGCUGCGGCAGGAUAUGCAGCAGCGGUGCCGGCGGCUAGGCAUCCCAUGUAUGGCAUGGGACCGGCAGCAGCCAUGUGAUGAAGCAGCCAUUGUGCUGGUCACACCGGAAUCGGCUGUCACCCCCGAUUUCCAUUCAUUCAUCAACCGGUUGGUGGUGAUGCAGCGGCUGGACCGGGUGGUGAUUGAUGAAUGCCAUGUCAUUAUGAACCAGCAGAAGAACUUCCGGUCCGCCAUGGCACAGCUUGGGAAGCUCGUUCGGGCCCGUACACAGAUGGAUCAGAUCGAUAUAUAUCGGGCCCGCACGAGCCGCGGCAAUGUGGCAUAUGGGGUGUGGCGGCCACCGAUUCCACACACUGCACCACAUGGAUAUGGAUGGGAGCAGGAUGCCCGGAUUAUUCAGUUCCUGCAGGCGCAGCUCCAGUGGGCCCGGGCCCGGGGGGAAGAUGGUGAUAUAUGCCAACCGGGUCCACCAGGUGCAGGCGAUGGCGGCGGUAUUGGGAUGUGA